AUGAACGCGCAGCUCUCCUCUGCCCUAGACGGCCUCGAAAACAAACUCAACUCUCUAUUGACAUCCCUCACCACUCCAGCUGCUAUCGGAGCCCCCGCUGCAGCCAUCGCACUCCUCGAAGCGGACGAUGUUGUCUCUUCCGCCCUGGACACGUUGCGAACACAUCAGGCCAACUAUGCCAAAAUCCUACAACUACGCACCGAAGCACAGAACCUCGAAGAGCGUAUAAAGACUAUUGUACGCGACAUCUCGGGUGCUGAGAAGGAAAUUGCUCAAGUUACUGGGGACGACGACGAUGAUGAUGAUGACUAUGAAAUCGAUACUGAUGAUGAGGAUGAGGACAAUGAGUCUGAGACGGCGAUGGAGACGGAUAGUGAGAAUGGAGGGUCUAUCGGGCAGCAAAAGAGCUCCAAGAAAGGUAGAAGGAAAGAGGUGGAUUACAAACUCCUUCUAGAAUUUGCGCGCAGAAUUAGCAAAUACAAUACCCAAGCAGCCGCUGAUGCAACGACUGGAGUUCUGGGAACACCAGGCUCGACGACAAAGAAGUUACAAGAAAAGCAACUCGAAGAUGCAAAGAUGAUUGAUGCCAACGGUCGGGAUACGAGCACGCAAGAACAGCCGGGAGAACAGGAAGAAGUCACAGUCGGAACCGUGACCAAAGAAGCUACGAACUGGCUUGAAGAGUCCGCUGACGCAGAUCGGCAAUACUUUAUGAUUCCUUAUCCGAACGAGGACCGUAUACGCAUGGGAGUAAUGGGUCAGUUGCAGUUAGCCGCGGUGGAUGGGAAUGUUGAUCCUGAGAAAGAGGCGGAGCGCAUGGUGCAGGAGGCCGAGGGUAUUGCUGGUGUUGCAACUAGUCUGGCGGACGUUCAGGCUCAACCGCAGUCACUUGCCGAUGAAGCUGGCAUGGCGGCUAAGAAUCCUGGAGCACAUGCUGUAGCGAGGCCGGCAGCGAAAGCCGCAGCGCCACCUGCUCAACCUAGACCGAUGCUGGAUUUGGAUCUUUAUGAUCCCGAAGAUGAUGAUUGA